ACUCUCCUUGAACCACUUUUGAUUUCCAUGUUAGAAACCCUCUCUUCCUUGUUAGUACAUGUACGUACAUGUAAGGUCCAGAUACUACAUAUACACAUGUAGGUUCGUUAUGGACUCUGACUCGGAAUAGCUCGGUCACAUGUUGGAAAAGGUCCGAGUCUCUAACUGAUUCAAUAAAUCCCUCCUCUAUUUCUUUCCCUGCGUUAGCGUCCAAUCAUCCCAGUUUAUAUUGUUCAAGUUGAAAUUUUCAGAAAGAGCAAGUGAAAUGUCCGUUGGAUAUUUCAGAGUUUUUUCAUCCGAUUGUUAGUAUUUUUCCUCUGUCCAAUUUUUUUCCCCAUUUAUAUUGUAGUCUAAGGUUAUUUCUUCGGCUUUAAGUUCACCUCAAGCUAGAAUCAUAUUUACAUUUACAUAAUUGUAAAAUCUAUAAACAUAUUAUGUCCUUGUAGGUUUAGCGUUUUUCAAUAAAGUUUCGAAAAAAAAAAUGAGAGAACGAUGGCAUUUGAAAAAAGUUGUAACAAUGAAAUGGUAUCUGUGCGAGAAUAGUACAUGUAUUCUACGUAUAUCAAAAUAUUCAUCGCUGUACCUAGGGUAUGUAGGCUUUUAUAAGUUGUACAAUGUAUUAAAUACAUAUAGUCCAGAUGAUUCAACAAAGUAAAGACAAGUACGUAUACAUUGUACAUGUACAAUGUACGUCCAUGCAGGUACAUGUACAUGUAUGUACGUCCCUGGUACACGGCGGGUAAGUUUAAACAGAGUUUAGUAUAUAGGUAUCUGGUUUAAAUAAUAAUUGAACAAAAUAAAAUAGUUUGCGUUAUUAUGCAUGUACAGUUGGGAAUACGAAACUAACGGUUUAUGAAAUUUUCUAGCUUUAGUCGAUGUCGUUUAUUUAUAGAAGGGAAUCCCAAUUGAGCUUGGUGACAGAUCAGAAAGCCACACACUUUAAAUAUUCAACGCGGAUUUCUUUCUAUUGGAGAUGGGUUUUGUGAAAACAUGUACAUUCGUUCAUAUAGAGACGGCCACGGCUAAUGUAAGACGGUUUGUCGUUUCAUGAGGAGAGCAGAAGCUCGGUCUAUGUCUUUGUUCAGCUGUCUCCUUGCUUGUUGACAUUCUCGCCAUGUCUUUUUUACAUGUAUACCGACGCACGUGUUCUCGAUGUAUGAACCUCAGGUAUCGGCUUCACCCCGCCACGCCCCUUACACGUGGGCUGAGGGACGAAGCUUACUUCAGAUCCAAGGAGUACCGAGAGAGGACAGCAUCAGUUACGACUUUCUACGACCAAAGUGCCAUUGACCAGGUGGCGGCAAAACCGUCUGUUCGACUAACACCUUCUAGUCUGCUGUACGGCGGCCACAGUCACGACAAAAGUCAUCUACUGAGAAGUGGCCAGUAUCUAUAUAAGGAACUACCUGUGAGAUUAGCACAUAGAAUAGAGGGAUUCCGGAACCUUCCUUUCAUCGUAGGAUGUAACUCAACAAUUUUGAAAGUACAUGAGAUGUACAUACGAGCAUUCCACACUCUGUAUGACCAUGAAAAGGUUACAGAUAUGGAGUCGGAGAGAAAAUACUCAGAAACCUUGGAGACGCUGCUGGAGCAGCACAAAGAUGUCAUCACUCUGCUGGCUCAGGGCUUCUCCGAGAGUCGGAAACAUAUACAGGAUGAGCAGCUCAUACAAGCUUUCCUGGACAGGACACUGAAGUCACGACUGGGGAUCCGUGUUCUGGCUCAGCACCACCUGGCCAUGCAUAAAGAACAGCCAAACCACAUAGGAAUCAUUGAUGUGUGCUUUAGUCCUCGCAGUCUACUGGAAAACAGUGUGGAGUUUCUGAGUACCCUGUGCAGGGACAGGUAUGGAUGUGCCCCAAAGGUACAAUUCCAGGGACACAUGUCCGUUAAGUUUCCCUACAUGCCUCAGCCAGUGGAAUACAUCGUAGGGGAGGUGAUGAAAAAUGCCAUGAGGGCCACUGUAGAAAAUAACCUGAGGAACUACAGUAACAUACCUGAUGUGCUGGUAACAUUGGCCAACAAUACCACAGACUUCAUCAUCAGGGUAUCUGACCGAGGCGGUGGAAUUCCACAUGACAUAGUUGACAAAGUGUGGAACUAUAAUUACACUACCGCAGACUCUUUAACCGACGAUCAGGAACAGACCGGUGGCAUAUUUGGGGAAGUGAUGAGUCCUGCUGGGAGAGCUGGCGAGUCUGCAAGUCGCAUGCACGGAUACGGGUUUGGACUACCAACAGCUAGAGCGUACGCCGAGUUCCUUGGAGGUCGUAUGACUCUGGAGACAAUGCAAGGAAUAGGAACAGAUGUGUAUAUACGACUCUCACACAUCGACUCAAUCAGCAGCGUAAACAAACCAAAUUUUAGGAUAUAAUCUUACAUCGCAGCGUCAAGAAAACUAGUGUCAGGAUACAAGAAACCCUAUUUGUAGCGUCAUCAAACCAAGUUUCAUAAUAUAAAAUGUAACAAACCCUAUCUGUAUCAUCACCUUACCCAGUUUAUAAUAUAAAAUGUAACAACCCCUAUCUGUAUCGUCACUAAACCCAGUUUAUAAUAUAAAAUGUAACAAACCCUAUCUGUAUCGUCACUAAACCCAGUUUUAUGAUUUACAAUGUAACAACCCCUAUCGGUAGCGUCACCAAACCCAGUUUUAUGUUACACAAUAUAACACAACCUAUAUGUAGCGUCACCAAACCAAAUGUUAUGAUAUAGAAUGUAACAAACGCUCUCUGUAUCGUCACUAAAUCCAGUUUUAUGAUUUACAAUGUAACAAACCCUAUCUGUGUCGUCACCAAACUAAAUUUUAUGAUAUAGAAUGUAACAAACGCUAUCUGUAUCGUCACUAAAUCCAGUUUUAUGAUUUACAAUGUAACAAUCCCUAUCUGUGUCGUCACCAAACUAAAUUUUAUGAUAUACAAUGUAAUAUAUACAAUAUAACACAACCUAUAUGUAGCGUCACCAAACCAAAUGAAUACCUGUAACAUACCAAAAUAUCAUUACCUCACACAGGGUCUUAAAUUAAGGUCCUUGCAACCAUUAUUUAUCCUAUAAUAUCUCUUGGAGAUAUUUGUUUAUGUCACGACAUGCGCAUGUUGUAAAUGAACAGGGAAAGUGUUCAUAUAGAAUUAUUUCAUUUCAGUAAAUAAAAACGACAAUCCUAGUUUUUUAAACCCGUAUUUUGUAAGUAUUACGGGAGUUAUAUCCCUUCCAACAACUCUUACGUGUUAUCCUCAGUCAUAGUCACGUGUUUACCAUAUGAACUGCUUUCGCUUAUUGAUUGCAUUGCUACAGUGUUCUUGUCUCAAUGAUGACAAGUGUUAACCAGCAGAUUGGUACCGCCACAUACAUAAACAUCUAUAACUUACUUUAUACAUUUUCAUUACACUGUUUCUGAAUGAACACUUUGUUAUCGCUAUAUUGUGGUAUGUUUACAAAUGUGCUUACGGGAUAUGUUUUGAUAAGGUGCUGGAUUGUACUUCUAUUUUAAUGAGUUUUUCAUAGUUUUAUUUUUAAUCGUUAUUAUAUCAAAUUGAUUAUAUUUGAAUAUGUGUGAGUUUGUUUUGAUAUGUCUACUGUCCGUAGGUCGACCUCGGACAUAUUUUGUAUAUUUUGUUACGGUACUGGUAGCCUGCUGGUAGGUCUUGAGUCAAUAUUAAUUAUUUUUAUGAAUAUCAAAUUAUCACGGUUGAGAAUAUUCAUUAUAAUCAGUUUUAUGAUAAAUAUUAUUUUGUUUAUAUACACUAAUACCCAUCUGGUGUUAUAUUUUGUUUGUGUAUAUAAGCUGUGCUAUAUAUCGCUUGUGUACAAAUGUAUGUAAGUCGUGUUAUAUUUGUUUGUGUUUCUAAGUCGUUUUAUAUUUUGUUUUUGUUUAUAAGUUGUGUAAUAUUUUGUUUUUCUAUAUAAGUCGUGUAAUAGUUUGUUUUUCUAUAUAAGUCGUGUACUAUUUUGUUUUUGUAUAUAAGUCGUGUUAUAUUUGUAUGUGUUUAUAAGUCGUUUUAUAUUUUGUUUUUGUUUAUAAGUUGUGUAAUAUUUUGUUUGUGUACAAAUGUAAGUCGUGUUAUAUUUGUUUAUGUAUAUAAGUCGUGUAAUAUUUUGUUUGUGUACAAAUGUAUAUAAGUUGUGUCAUAUUUUGUUAGUGUAUAUAAGUUGUGUUAUAUUUUGUUUUUGUAUAUAACUCGUGUUGUAUUUUUGUAUAUUAGUCGUGUAAUAUUUUGUUUGUGUAUAAACGUUGUGUUGUAUUCGUUUGUGUAUUUAAAUCGUGUUAUAUUUUGUUCAUACUGUUAGUCAUUAUCGUGUUUUAUAUAUGUUUUAUAUAUAUGAUCGAUAGCUUUAUUGUUAUGCCUCAUUUUAAACACAUGAUAUUGGUGUACUUAUUUACUUGAAACUGAGAUAUUUGGAAAGUCAUCACACAGUCAUUACUUAAGUGAACAUUUAUCCGCCAUAUAUUUUCUGUUUAUUGAAUCUCAUUUUUUGUUUUGUUUAUCGUAUUCAUACCAUACUCUAGUCAUCAUGUGAUACGAAACACCACUUUACACUGAGUCUGACGCCUGUAUGUUUAAAAAUCCUGCCUUGACCUUGACAGUUACUGUGCGACAUUUUGUUUUAUGGAAAGUACCCCGAUAUAACUGGCCUUUAUUAUCCGGUUUUGGAGGCGUUCCUUUCCCCUUUAUAUGUUAUUCCAUUUCUGAAUAUACGAUGCUUAUACUAUAAUUAUUGGACAACAUGUUUGUAAAUAUACUUGAACAUCUAUUUAUGAUGUUCUGCUUUUUUGGUUGAAAUUGAUGGAGUCUUGUGUGGGUAUGAUUUAUUUAUCUUGUCAUUUGUAAACAAGUUUAUCACCGAUGGCAUGUUCUAUUGGCCGAUACCACAAUUAUAUUAUAUCCUGUCCAUGGUGUCAAGAGCAAAGGUGGUCGGAAGGCACACUUGUAACAAAUUAACUUGCCUUUCACCUAGGCGGUCGGGCUUCGAUUCCCCGAUCGGACAUGAAAAGGUAUUAAAGUGAAUUACAGAUCUAAAUAUACAUGUAAGUUUAAUGACUGACACAUUACAUGCCUAAUGAUGAAUAUAAAUUCUGUAUCAUACAGCUGUUUCGUCCGUUAUGACUACUUAGGUUUAUGUUUCCUGAUGCGCUUUACUUUUUUGAGCUGUUUCAUGUAAUAAACGAAGUUUUUGUGUGUGUGGGUGUGUUUGACGUGUGUCGUAUUUGGGUUGUGUGGGUGUGUUUGACGUGUGUCGUAUUUGGGUUGUGUGGGUGUGUUUGACGUGUGUCGUAUUUGGCUUGUGUGGGUGUGUUUGACGUGUGUCGUAUUUGGGUUGUGUGGGUGUGUUUGACGUGUGUCGUAUUUGGGUUGUGUGGGUGUGUUUGACGUGUGUCGUAUUUGGGUUGUGUGAGACCCUUGCUUGGUCAUGUGAAGCAUGUUUGCAGUGCCAUGAAAGAAGCGUUUGCGGUGUGUAGUAUAAGACGUGUUGGCUGUUUCGUAUGAAUCCUAUCUACUAUUUGCUUGCUGUGUGUCGUGUAUGUUGUGUAUUAGUUACAUGCUAAAUGAAUCAACAUUUGAUCAUGUAUUUAUUGGCCAGUUGAAGUAAAACCUGCCUGGAUGCUAAUAUGUAUUCAAAAAAGAAGGAUUCAGUGUAUCCGUGAUCAUGCAAGAUCGAUUCAGUGUAUCAGUGGUCAUGCAAGAUCGAUUCAGUGUAUCAGUGGUCUGGCUUGAGUGAUUCAGUGUAUCAGUGGUCAUGCAAGAUCGAUUCAUUGUAUCACUGGUCAUGCAAGAUCGAUUCAGUGUAUCAGUGGUCAUGCAAGAUCGAUUCAGUGUAUCAGAUGUCUGGCUUGAGUGAUUCAGUGUAUCAGUGGUCAUGUAAGAUCGAUUCAGUGUAUCAGUGGUCAUGCAUGAGUGAUUGAGUGUAUCAGGGGCCAUGCAUGUGUGAUUCACAGUAUCAGUAGUAAUGACUGAUAGACCAAAUUUUCCACUGAUACACCCAGUUUCCCACUGAUCAAUCCAGUUUUCCACUGAUAACACUGAUUACGACAAUCCCAGCAUAUAGACUGGCGUUUAUACUGCAGGUUAACACAGGAAUAACGAUCAAGUAAAAGGGUUUGAUUGUAGAAGUACGAGUUGAAUUGAAACUGUAAGUUAAAACUGCUUCCGUGUGACGUGGAUACUUUGAGGUAAAUGUUUACUUUUGUCACAUAUGUCUAAGCGUGUUUUUGUAAUAUUUCCUGUUUAUUAUUAUGUUCUAUAAUAAGCAUGCGGUAUGUUUGAAGUAUAUAGAUUUUCGGACUGUAUGAAGUAAUUUUAUGGGUAUUUGAAAUAUUCGAAUUACAUGGACAUAAUUGAUUAUGUGGACAUUGGUCAUAUCCGAGUUAAUUAACACAUUUACUUUCCGUUAGGUAAAAAAAAUUGUAUAUAUACUCGUGUAUGAUAAAAUAUAGUGAAGUAAACGUGUGCUAUGUACAUGUACAUGUAUGGGUGUGUGUAUAUUUGAAGUUAGAGGUAGGUAGAGCCUACAAAUUGUACCUGCCGUCCCUAUUGCUUGAUCUUAAGAGGCGACUAAACGUGGGAUCUUAUCUUUUCUCCUAUUUCUAAAAUGAAAUCAUUUUUUCUUAUGUCUCCCUAACACUGCCUCACUUUUGGCCUUUUAGUUUAGCGUUCGCCACUGUGAGGAAGGUUUUGAUAUCUGUCCUCUGGUCGAGACAUACCGGAGUCUAUAAAAGUGGUAGUUGCUACUCCUGCAAAGCGCUUAGCCUUAUGGAGUGGGACAACUUGUUCGCCGGUUGUCAGUAUAAUAUGACCAGGCGAGGUUUCUUGCUGGGUGUCUUCGACGGCAUCAGGUCCGCACUAAGUACAAACAUACAGCAGCCUCCCAAAAUACACACGCUUUCACCUCACGCAUGCAUUUUGCGCAAUAUGCAUGUAGAGGCCGUCCUUAAAUGACCUUAGCUGUUUUAGGACGUUAAACAAUACUUAAAUAACACAAAGCAUAGCACGUUGUAUUUCAGGUACAUGUAUGAGUGUUCCGUUGGAAUUUAUCUAUACAUGUACUAGUAUAUACUUGUCCUGAAAUUUUCUAUAAUUUGUUACAGUAUGAUAUAAUUCAUUUCAAAUUUUACUAUCUUCAAAGCUGUUGAUUAAUAAUAUACAAGUGUGUUUUUCUUUCAUAUCAGUCUUUUCUAGUCUUAGGAACUUUACACGACUGGAUAUCGGUAUAUAGCCUGUGUGAAUAAACUUCACCAUCAUAGUAUCGAG